GAGAUAAAGUGGGAGCCAGUGAGGUAGGCAGAGACAAACAAGCUGUACAACUGAGAGAGUGAAGGUUUUGUGGGAUAUUCACCUCAUCCACGAUGUUAAAGCCGAAAGAGAUCAAGGACGGCUCGCCGAAGGGCUCUAGCAAGAUCACCAAGUCCCAGGCCAGCAGCUUGGCUCUGCUGAUCGCCAAGAUGCAAACGAAUGCCGACCAGGUAGAGAAACACAUCCUGAAGUCAGAAGAGAAGCUGGCUGUGGAUGCUGAACAUGAAAAGAAUGACCUGCCCUUUGAACAUCAAAAUGACGUAUCAGCCAAACUGACCGAGGCAGAGAACCUCCUGAAGGACCUGUUUCUGGAUGUCGAUAAAGCCAAAAAGCUCAAACACCCCCAAGCCAAAGAGAUUGAGAACGAUAUCAUCCACCUUCACGAGCGAUGGCUGAAGGACUGCUCCUUCUACAGAGAGAUCUACGACCAGAUUGAUGACGUGUCAUUGAUGCCCAGAAUCAACUGGGGGCCUAUUUUGAAUCAGAAGCAAAAACAGUUGAAUGUAGAGGAGUACGGCCCCACCAUGGCGGACUUGGAGAAGCAGAUUGCUGCUCACAACAUCCUGCAUAAAGAGAUCAAAGCUUACAGCACCCAGCUUUGUGUCAGCUCUGCUGGCAGUAAGGAGAAAUACGCUGUCUUUAAGAAACAAUACAACAACCUGCUGGACAAUUCCAAGUGGCGCCGACACUACUUGAGGAGCCUCUAUGAGUACAUGCAAGGCUGCAACAAGGAGUUAAACUUCCUGGGAGAAGAGCAGGACAAGAUCAAGAAGCAGGACUGGAGCGAUCACAUGGAGGAUCCACUUCAUAUUCGUAGACAGUAUGAGAAUUUCAAGAACAAUGGUCUUUUGACCCACGAGAGUGAAGUGAACAGACUCCAGGACGAAGGUGAGAGGCUCGUUGAACUGAACCACCCGGCCAGCGAAGCAAUACAGACCCAAAUGGAGGCAGUAAGAAAUGAGUGGCAGAAGUUUCUGAUUCUGUGCAUUUGUCAGGAAACCCAUCUGGAAAAUUUGGAUGAAUUCAAAAAGUACCAAAUGGACACUGAGCAGCUGUCAGAAACACUGACUCAACUAAGCAGACCCCUGGACCCCCAGUCUAUCAGCAAGAAGAGUUACUCAAAGAUACUUCUGCAGCUGGAGGGAGAGGAAAGUAGUGUGCAAAACUGUGAGCAGCUCCUGACUGACCUGAAGAGACGAAGUACAACCAUCUCUCCUCUGAAACUGCGUCGCAUUUCCUCCAACAGACCCACAACGGUGGAGGCCCUGUGUGACUGGGGAAAUGAGCAGGCUUCACUGUCGAAAGGGGAAACAUUUACCCUGAAAUCUUUCUCUGACAAUGAGAACUGGGAUGUUAUUUCAUCUAGUGGAGCAACUAAAACCUUCCCAGGAGUUUGCUUCCAGAUUCCACCUCCUGACCCAGAUGCCAUUGAUAAAGUUAACCUUUUGGGCAAUGAGCUGGCAGACAUCAAGAAAAGGAGAGCAGCUCUGGAGGCGUCCCUGAAGAAUCACAAGUCAGACGUCUCUAAAGUUCAACAGUCAGCUCCGGUUUCCUCGGCUCCACUGGACCCCAAAGCAGCCGCCCUGGCUCAGCAGCUGGAGCAGCUGGAUGCCGAGCUGGCCAACACGGAGGAGAGCAUGCUGAGCAGCAUGAGAACCCCGGUGAGCCGCAGCGAUCCGAGCAGAGACCUGGCCAGGAAGCUGAAGGAGCAGGAGCAAGCUGCCAAGACACUGAAGGACCUGGAACAGCAGAUUGAGACAGUACAGGCUGACCUGCAGCCUUUGCUGUCCACAGAUCCCAACAACAUCUUGUCUGGACUUCCGCUUAAACUCACCGCUGCCCGCAACAAGUAUGAUGGCUUAGCUGCUCUGGCGGAUCUCUACAAUAAAAAAGCUUAUGCAUCUCUAAACCUGGAGAAUCAAAUUCAGAAGGUGGAUGGUCUAGUCUCUGGAUUUGAAAGAAACCUAAGUGAAGAUGGUCUGAUCCCUGACAUACCAAAUGCAAUUCAAAUUACCAUGGAAGACAUUCAGCGCCAGCAGAGGUCUGUGGCAAGGAUCCAGGGUGACAUGAUGAAACUGGAUCAGGAUCUGGAGAUGACUGAGAAGUUGUGCAGCUCCCUGCGGCACGGCUACCAAGAGUACUGCCCUGACAUCCAACGCCAGAGGAACGAUGUCAAACAGCUGCACAAUCGCUACACAAAUGUUACCAACCAGCUGAAGGAAAGAGAUGACCUUUUACAAGAGGCUUCAUCAAAGCACCUGGAGUUCCGGAGCCUUUGCAAAUACCUCAACUCUUCCUUGGACAGCCUGCCGACCAAUCAGAUGAACAUCAGUGAUGGACCGUCACAGGUGACCGCUAAGCAGAGCUCCCAACAGAGAGUGAUGAAGGAUUUAAAGCAGAUGGAUGAAGACAUGGACAGAGUGGUUGACCUCUCUCAAGAUCUGCAGGAUCUUCUCAAUGAUUAUGAGGCAAAUGCUAACAAAUACAACAGUACACUCGAAGAUGGUGGACUGACUCUUCCAAAAAGAGUCCACAUGCUCACAUUCGCUGAUGCUAUUGAGAAAGAGGAAAGGAAACUGAUGAAUCGUUAUGCAGAAGCAACAGCAGAAAACACCCAACGGCAAAGACACAUGGGACUGUUUAGGAAUCUCAUUUUUCAAAAUGAAGAAAAGGUUCAGCUGGUGGCACAGCAGCAGGUGGAGCUUGGAAGCCAGCAAAUAAAUGACUCUGAGUUAGACAGCUUGCUUAGAGAACUAGAGGAAGAGAAGGAGAGGACAGCUCUUGCCCAGACAGAACUAAAAGCCUUAAUAAACAGAAUGAUGUCCAUCAAGAGUCAGCGAAGUGAGGGUCGAGUUGAGGAGAGAGAAAUACUGCAGUACUACCGUGAUCCUAAACUGGAAAGUGAUCUGGCUGAGCUAAGGAACAAGCUCAACGAUGAGGUCGUGAAGCAGAGCUCCACCCAGACAGAGAUUGAGACAGUAAACCAGAAGCUCAGUGAUCUACAGGACACGAUUGAACAGAUAUCUCCUACAAUGGUGACCAGAGAGGUGUUUGAAUUUGAAAGAGAUCCUGAACUGGAUGAAGAGGCUUCCAAGAUGAGACAUGAGAUAGCAAGAACGAGACAUGAAAUCCGAAUGAAAGAAAGAGAGCAAAUCCAACUGAAAAAAGAAAUCACAAUUCUACAGCAGAAUAAACCACACGUCAAACAAAGAGCAGUUGGCCAGGAAGAUCCAGAGAUGUCAAAAGCAUUAACAACAUUUGAGACAGAAAUUUCUGAGGAGAAAAAUAAAUGCAGGCUCCUCAAUAAUGAGAUCUUCCAGACAAGAAAUCAGAUUAACACACUUGAAAAGCUGAUUCCAGACAUCCAGUCUAAAACCACCACCAGAAAGGUAAAAACAGCUGAGCAAGACCCUGACCUUAUUGCAGAAUUUAGCAGACUCCAGACCAGCUUGGAGAAAGAGAGGUCUGAAAACAGCUAUUUGUCUCAAGAAGUGAUGGAGCUGCAAAGGAGCUACAGAGAAGUUCAAGACAAGAACCCAAGUUUUAAAGUGAAAGAAGUUGUAAAUGAGAUCUACCUGGUUGACCCAAAUACAGAGAUGGAGAUUAUGCACCUUCGCAAAGAAAUACAAGACUCAAAUGUACAGUAUGCUGAUCUGGAAAACAAAAUCAAGCAGGUCACCAAUGAUCGGAAUCGCCUUCAUUUAGAGAAACCCAGGGUAGAACUCAAAGAAGUUCUCCAAGAGGUGGUAAAAGUAGAAAGAAGCCCUGAAAACGAGCGAGAGAUCCAAAGGCUAAAUGACCAGGUGAACCGCCUAGACAGCCAGUGUACCUCCCUUGAAGACCAAGUCAGACAGCUGCGAAAACAGAGAGAUGAAUGGAAGGCAGAAAUGUCCAAAAUAGAGACCCAACUGGUCAACAGAGAAGUAAUAAAGUAUGAGCCUGACCCACUACUCGAGAAGGAAGCUGACCGUUUGCGUAGAACUGUGCGUGAGGAAGCAAAAAUGAGGCGAAAUACUGAGGAGAGGAUUUUUGAUCUCCAACACAAAUACCUUCUCUUGGAAAGACAGAAACCAGAAGAGAAGGUGGUGGUACAGGAGGUUGUACGGCUUCAGAGGGACACAAGACAAGUAGUGGAACAUGACAGGCUCAGUAACAGGCUUGAUGAAGAAGUGAUGAGUCGACGUCAGUUGGAUCUGGAGUUACAGCAACUAAGAACAAGGUUGGAAGACAAAGAACGCAUCAUAAGGGAGAGUGAUGAGCACCAAAAAAGGAUUCAAGCUGAAUCUGAGCUUAGAGAGAUCAGACUACGCAUCACUCAACUGGAAAAUGCCCCACCUCCUGUUGAGGAGAGUAUAGUAGUUGAAGAAGUACUGAAGGUUGAAAGAGAUCCAAACCUAGAGAGGUUGACAAAUGGUUUACGGUCUGACAUAGACAAAGAAAUCCAUGAUAUCCUGCGUCUCCAGAGGGAAAUCCGCAAUAUCACUGUCAAGCUUGAAAUUCUGCAGAAAGAAAAGUCAGGUGAAAAGACAGUAUACAAAGAGGUUGUUCGAGUAGAGAAAGACCAGGCUGUUGAAGCUGAGAGACGUCACCUGAGGGAGCAGGUGUCUCAGAGCAAAUUUGCCAGACAAGACAUGGAGGAUGAAAUCAGACGGUGCAAUAACAAAAUCAAUAGUUUGAUGAACACCAAAUCUAACAAUUCAAGAGAAGAGAAAACUCUUAGUUUGAGAAAAGAGGCCCUGUUAAGGGAAAAGGAUGACCUUACCCGAGUACUGAGGACUCUUGAAGCAAAAAAACAUGACAUCUGUCUCUCUUUCCAGCAGCGUAGUCGACUGAUGAGUGAAAGAACACAGAUGAACAAACAAAGAAGCCUUAAGAUGGAGUCCGAUGUCCAGCGAUUGGAGAAGCAGAUCUUGGAAGAAAAAGAUAAGAUUCAUCAACGAGACAGUACAAUCCAUCAGAUUCUGAUGUACCUACAAAAAGAGGAACAAGGGGAGACGAGGACCAAAGAAACCAAUGUCUCUACAAAAAUCACUAUUUUGGAUCCAGAAACUGGCAAAGACAUGUCUCCCUAUGAUGCCUACCGUGGGGGCCUCGUUGAUCGCCAGCAGUACAUUCAUCUGCAGGAACUAGAAUGUGACUGGGAAGAGAUAACUUCCUCUGGCCCUGAUGGAGAAACAUCUGUUCUGCAGGAUCGCAAGAGUGGAAAGCAAUACCCUAUCAAAGAUGCUCUUAAUGAAGGAAGACUAACAGAGUAUGAUCUACAAUUGUACAAACAAGGCAGGUUUCCUAUCUCAGAGUUUGCCCUCCUUGUCGCAGGUGACAAAAACAAACAACCCAAAUUCAACUCAUUCACCCCAAAGCCAAAUCCAUCAUUGAAGUCUCCAUCCUUAGACCUUACUUCUGUUACCAAAACACUGCCAAUUGCUGGAAUAAUGGAUAAAAAUACAAACACCUGCUUUACAAUCCACAAUGCCACCCUGGGCAAACUGAUUGACCAUACCACUGCCCAAAGGCUAUUGGAGGCUCAAGCAGCAACAGGCGGCAUUAUUGACAUCAGCAACAAUCAGAGAUACAAAGUUCACAAGGCAGCACAAAGAGGUCUCAUUGAUGACAGCCAAGUCCAGCGGCUGCUUAAUGCAGAGAAAGCUUUCACUGGAGUAGAGGACCCCGUGACCAAAGAGGUUUUGUCUGUGGGAGAAGCUGUUCAGAAGGGCUGGAUGCCAAAAGAUUCAGCAAUUCGAUACAUGGAGGCCCAGCACCUGACUGGGGGGCUAGUAGAUCCUAACAAUGGUACCAGAGUUGCUCUGUUGGAUGCCAUUGGAUCUAAAAUGAUUGACAGCACAACAACAAAGGAUCUGCAAAAUGAUGAACUAUACAUAAGGGAUAUCAUAGACCCUAUCACAAAGGAGAAGAUCAACUACAAGCAAGCUCUGCAGCGUUGUAAGAAAGACCCAGCAUCAGGCUUACCUAUGCUACCGGCCUCCUCCAAAGGGUCAGGCCAAACUCCAACAUACAGCUCUUCAAUAUACUGAAAUUUCUAGAUUCUCUUGUAGUUAAUGCCACAACUAUUUGGGAGCAUUGGUUUAAUCAAAGAGGAAAUGAAUCAGAAGGUCAAGCUUGUUCUGGAAAGGUGUCAUAAUGAUUGACUUAUAAGUAGACUCCUGACCUAGUAUUGGGAGUUAAGAACACAUAAACUAAUCUCAGGCACACCGAUUAUUGCAUCAGUAUGCUAGGUUGGAACAGAAAUUUCAUGGAGGCACAAAAUAUGGAGGCUGUCGUUCCAUGGCUGUAGGCAGUGUGAAUUGUGCAAAGAAAGUAUCAUAUAGGACAAAGUGUCGGUUGUUGCAUUUUAGGGCAAAAACUAGCUAGACCAGAGAAAGGACAAGGUUAAGCAGGUCGGGUUUGAGCAACAAGGAACCUGGUAUUAGUUGUUUUUGGACAUACUUACUUUUGCAUGGACAUGUAGUGGAAGAUGGAACAGGUAUUAGCAGUUUUAAAAAGACCCUGGUAGAAUUUUGCCAUUUAAGGAUCCAUUCACCGUAAGGAUUGAAGAUGGAGAUAGUUUCUGCAUAGAAUACUCAACAAACUGCAGGGUACGUUUUUAUGGUGCUGCCAGUUGGUCAGGUUAGCUGAGGGCGUGUACGUGUUAAACAAGGCAGUGGAAAAUGGCUGAGGCAUUUUUUGACUGACAAUCAAAAACUGGUGAUAUUCAUGUUUGUGGGAGAUCAGAAUUCUUGUAAGCGUCUCACCCUAUGAACUAAAUUAAUAUGAACCUACGUAUAAACUCCAGGGCUUCUCUGGAAAUCGAGAUCCUGAAAUUUUUGUUUGUGGAUUUAUUACUUGAGUUUUGUUUCUUUGUACCCCCCCCCCCCCCCCCCCCACACACACACACACCAAAAAAACAAACAAUUAAGCAAAGAUUUAGCAAUUAGGGUGAUGAGUGCAGCUUGUGAAGCACAGUCAAUACAGAAUUCUGACAAACGCCAGAAAUACAGUUAGCUCCUUUGCUAGGUUUGAGAAGUUCGUAGCUGCUGUUUAGUCCAGUUAAUUCUGAUGUUUCUGCUGUUACGGCCUGGUUGAUUGGUUUCCUCUUCAGCUUUUAUUGUAAAAGCUGGCGUGUUCAGAAGAGCUUGCAGUUUUUCUUUUUUUUUUUUUUUUUUUUUUGUGUGUUGAUGCUAACAGUUUUCUGGCAAUCGGAAUCAUUCCCAGCGCCAGAGCUGGAUAUGUUGUUAAGGUGUUAGCUUUCUUGUGAACCUAUGUUAACUCAUAACAAAUUUUUGUUUACUAUUUAGGGUUUUCUGUUUUUUUUUACUGGCAAUAAAAUAUAUUAUGGAGUUUGUUGAUUACUUACACUAUAUAAAUUAACUCAGGAGAAGACUUGUACUAUAAAACUGUCAGGAUGCCAGGAUGAUUACUGCUGAGUUGCAUCUGUUUAACCAAAAGUCAUAGGAAAAUGUGUUGUGGUUUGUUCUCUUUUAACGUAAUAUAAACAUACUGUAUAAAUGCUGUUUAUUUUGAAUAUUAUUGUGUUAUCAGGGAUAGUGGGACGUCAUGUGAUGGUUUUCCUAACAUUGAUUUGAUUCCGUGUUGAUUGGUCACUUAUAACUCAAAAUAGUUUGAUAAUGUCUCAAGAAUAACAUCUGAAUAAAAUUACAUUAUGGUUA